AUGGAGAAGCUCAAGACUCUAUUGAUUGCCAAUCGAGGUGAAAUUGCGGUCCGCAUCACCAGGACAGCAAAAGCUCUCGGCAUCCGUACGAUAUCAAUCUACUCAGCAGCAGAUGCAGCUAGCAGCCAUGUAACAGCUGCGGAUGAGGCUGUCUUGCUCACUGGCAACGACUCGACCGUAUAUACCGAUGGCGAAAACAUCAUCGCAAUCGCAAAGCAGAAGGGCGUUGACGCCAUCAUCCCUGGUUAUGGAUUCUUGUCUGAAAAUGCCGAUUUCGCUAGACAGGUUGCAGAUGCUGGUAUUGUUUGGGUAGGUCCAAGUCCGGAAGCAAUCGAGGCAUUUGGUGUGAAGCACGUAGCACGAGACCUAGCCGAAAAAGCUGGUGUGCCUAUCGUACCAGGAACCAAAGGCCUUGUGGAAAGCGCCGAAGACGCCGUUCAAGCAUCUGAGAAACUCGGUUUUCCUGUCAUGCUGAAGGCAACUGGUGGUGGUGGAGGAAUGGGCUUAGUGACUUGUCAUAAUGUCGACGAGGUCCGCUCUGGCUUCGACAAGGUACAAUCGAGAGGCAAGACCCUGUUUAAGAACGCGGGUUUGUUCAUCGAGAAGUACUAUGCAGCCUCUAGACACAUUGAAGUGCAAGUCUUCGGUAACGGCCAAGGGUCGGCAACACACUUUGGCGAAAGAGAAUGCUCGAUUCAGCGACGCCACCAGAAGGUCAUUGAAGAAUGUCCCAGUCCAUUUGUCGAGGAACAUCCCGGCUUGAGGGAGAAGCUCGGCAACGCGGCUGUCAGUCUUGCAGAGUCAAUCAAAUACGGCUCUGCUGGUACUGUCGAGUACCUCGUCGACGAUGAAUCUGGAGACUACUUCUUCUUGGAGAUGAACACCAGACUUCAGGUCGAGCAUGGCAUAACCGAGCUUUGUUACGACGUUGAUCUAGUACGACUCAUGCUCGAGCAAGCCGAUGCUCAGCUCAAGGGUCGAGGUGGACUGGAAUCGGGCUCCCUGAAGCAGAUGCAGCCUUCCUCGCCCAAAGGUUCCGCUAUCGAAGUCAGAGUGUAUGCAGAGAAUCCUCUGCGUGAUUUUGCCCCUUCUCCCGGUCUGCUGCAAGUUGUGUCUUGGCCAGAGCAACAGAACGAUCGAGUUCGCAUCGACACAUGGGUACAUACAGGCGCCACGACCACACCCAACUACGAUCCCCUGAUUGCUAAAGUCAUGUUCCACGGACCGUCUAGGGAGGAAGCUAUAAAAGGCAUGCAAUCUCUUCUUUCGUCAUCCAGAAUCUGUGGUCCACCAACUAAUCUCGACUUCCUGGAAGAAAUCAUACGAGACAAUCGUUUCAAGUCUGGCAAAACCUUGACAAACUUCUUGGACUCGUUCGACUUCCGUCCCGCUGCUAUCGAUGUUAUCUCAGCAGGUGCCUAUACUCUCAUACAAGAUUUGCCAGCUAGACCGACAGUCGGCAAAGGGAUUCCUCAUUCUGGCGCUAUGGACUCGAUUGCCUUCUCGCUAGCAAAUGUCCUUGCUGGUAACGAUUUGACUACAGAAGCUUUGGAAAUGACGUUGAGUGGUCCCGAACUGCAUUUUGUACGUCCGGCAGUAGUUGCGUUGACGGGUGCUCCAAUGGAUGCCCAAUUAGACGGACACCCAUUUCCUAUGUGGCAGCGUUACCACAUCAAAGCUGGACAAAAACUCAAAAUCGGGAAGACGACAGGAUACGGUUGUAGGGCUUAUCUUGCGGUCUACGGUGGUUUCCCCACAGUAGCUGAGUACUUUGGAUCGAAGUCGACUUCUCCAAUCGUGGCCAUCGGGGGUUAUCAAGGGCGCCAGCUCGCACCUGGUGAUCUGCUGGCUAUCGUCGACGAUAUUUCUGACUCUAUCUCUGGUUCAAGCAUCAGCUUACCGAAGACCCUGGUGCCUGUCUACACUAGCGAGUGGGAGAUUAUGGCCAUGGUAGGACCACACGAUGUGGAAUACCUGCUCCCUGAAGACAUUGAGAUGAUUUACACGACUACUUGGAAAGUCUCGCAUAAUGCCAGUCGCAGUGCUAUCAGACUGAUUGGGCCUGUCCCCAACUGGGCCCGAAAAGAUGGCGGUGAAGGCGGUGCCCAUCCUUCGAACCUAGUCGAGUACGGAUAUCCUAUCGGCGCUUUGAAUUGGACAGGUGAUGAUUCAUGUCUCUUCCCAGUAGACUGCCCGAACUUUGGUGGCUUUGUCUCCAGCACAACCGUUGUCCGAGCAGAAUGGUGGAAACUGGGUCAGUUGAAGUCUGGAGACACUUUGAAGUACAAAAGGGUUUCCCUGGAAGAAGCACUAUCUUUGCGCAAGCAGAAUGACCAGUUCAUCGAGUCGAUCGAGAGAGCUGUAAAGAACAACAGCAGCCUUGAAGACAUCACACCACUCAACUCCACUUUCGAACCGUCUGGCAACUUUGGCAAGGCCAUUGUCUGGACAAGAUCUCAGCAGGGUCGCCAGCCUCAGGUCAGGUACCGACAAGGCGGCGAUGAUCAUCUCAUUGUCGAGUACGGCGACGAACAAUUUGAUCUGAACCAUCGUUGCCGAACGACAGCGCUCGAGAAGGCGAUUCGAUCUUCCGAUCCUGAUUGGCUCAACAAUACUGUAUCAUGCUGCACGAGCGUCACACUUUUCUACAAUGGCUUGAAGAUCGAGAGACAGAAACUGGUAGCACAUCUCCAAGGUCUGGAAGAUGAGCUGGGAGAUCUCAGUUCUGUCAAGGUGCCUUGCCGAAAGUUCCGCCUCCCGCUUUCGUUUGAGUCAAAAGCACAGGAGGAAGCGACGAAGCGAUACAUGGAAACGCAGCGUCCUCAUGCGCCGUACCUUCCCAGUAACUUCGACUUCGUUGCCAAGAACAACGCAUUCUCAUCAGAUCAAUUGCGAGACAUUUUCCUCAAUGGCCAAUUCAUGGCUGUCGUUGUUGGCUUCUAUGCAGGCAACACGGUAUCAUUGCCAGUUGACCCUCGCCAGCGAAUGGCUUGUCCGAAAGCCAAUCCUAGUCGAGUUUUUACACCUGAAGGCACUGUCAGCUGGGGUGGUUCAUGCAUGAGCAUCUAUCCAGUCGAUAGUCCAGGUGGCUACCAGAUGACCGGACGCACGAUUCCCAUUUUCGAUGCAUUAGGUUGGAAGGAAGGAUUCUCUCCUUCACGCCCUUACCUCUUCCAAGACUUUGACUUGUUGACAUACUAUCGAGUCAGCGAGGAAGAGCUGGACGUGUUACUUGCAGACUUCCGCAGUGGUAGAUACAAGUUCGAGUGGGAGGACAUUGAGUUUGACAUGGCCGAACAUAACAAGUUGUUGACAGACACAGCAGAGGAAGUCAAAAGCAUUCGUGCGAAGCAAGUAAUCGCUCAAGCAGAGAUGACCAACGCAGAAAACGAAAGCUUGACCAAGUGGAGAGAAGAAAAGGCAAAGAACAAGGUCGAUGACAGCACAAUCGAAUCUUUGUUGGCUGAUCCCAAGUACACCACUAUCGACUCGCCCGUCGCUGCGAACGUGUGGAAGGUUAUGGUGGAAGAAGGACAGACUGUCAAGCCGAGUCAAACGAUAGCGAUCCUCGAGGCGAUGAAGCUGGAAAUCUCAGUGAAUGCUCCACCAGAUCAGAAAGCUGCAAAGGUCGAGAGAUUGUUGGUCGCUCCUGGCGAGACCGUGAAUGCGGGAGCCCGACUUGCGUUGCUGAAGUUCGAGGACUAA